AUGGGACUGAGCAAAAAGGGCACUGAAUUUGAAAUAAUAAAGAAAAAAGAGAAGGCUCGCAGCGAGCUGAUAAGGAUGCUGGAGGCGCAAAAGAGCGAGAGAAAAGCAAGGCACGAGAUGGAAAAAGAAGCACAGGCUCAGAAAAGUGUAUACAGUGCUUCAGGAGGCGGAAGAACACUCCUGGACUGCAAACACGAAGUAAUAAAAUACAUGAUAGAAGACGGCCUUGAGAUUAAAUUGGAAGGCUUGAAUGUGGAAAGGAAGCACAUUGGGACAAUCAUUUACUACUUAUUGGUUAAAAAGCUGGAUGAGGUCGUAAAAGUGGAGAGAUUUAAGCUAGCCGAUGCUAUGGCAGAUGAAAUGCUCGAAGGAUUGGACAGGUUCAUAGAGUACAUAAAUGCCAAUGUGCCAGAAUGGGUGGAUAUGAUAGAGAAGUCGCACUCCAUAUGCCCCGAGAACUACUUCAGCACAGCCCAGUACCUAAUUGAGCUGAGAGAAUUGCUGGCUUUGGAGCAGACAAGCUACAUAUUCUUGGACAUGAAGCUGUACAUAGAUCUUCUGCAGAAAAAAAACAAAGAGAUAAAGUACGAAACAACUGACGAUUCUAACUUAGACAUCCUCAACCACCAUCUGUACUCUAGCUCCAAGACAAAUAGCAGCUCCACCAUACUGCACGAGCUCUUGGACAUCGUAAAAAAGAACAGAGGAAACUUUUGCGUAAUGAACGAAAACAAAGAAGUAGUGAUGAACCCUGAUAUAGACCUAACAGAGAGCCAGGUGUGCAAUUUCAAAGAGCUCCUGACUAUUCUGUCUAUGUACAAAAAGAAAGAGCCGCUCCUUCGGCAGCUGUGCAUGUACAACGAGAAUUUAGAGUUUUUAUUCCCCUUCUCUUCUCUAAAUGACGAUCUGCUGUACAAGAUAACGCUUGCAGUAGAAAGGCUGCACACUGAUGCAACAGACAACAGCGUGUUUGUAGAUGAUACAGCGCGCCAGCUUAUAUACAGCCAGUACUCGUACAGCGAGCUGAUGACUGAUCUUAUCAAAAAACAAGAAAAAGACCUGCGCGACAGGCUUUCUUAUGAUUACCUGACAGAGCAGAAGAAUAAUAGCUGGGCGGUAAAGCACUUCCUUAAAUUUCUCAGGAAAAUAGACAUUUUUGGAUACAGGUACAUGACAAAUGAAAUGUUCACAAGCAAAAAAGUAAGAAAGGCUACGAUGUUCUUAUUGCUCCUUGUAAAUAUUAUAGCCAUAUUUACUACAUUUUGCUGUUUUUUCUCGUCGAUAAAAACCUUAUCGAAUGCACAGUGGGGCAUUUUAGUACGAGAAAGAGCAGCUUAG